GGGGGGGGGGGUUUGCACUCAAGUUGCACCACCACUGCUUUCCCCUGGUUGUUUUUCUGGUGCUUUUGCAGUUGAAGCCUUAAGCACAUAAUUACCUUGUCUGCCCACAGGUCAAAUUUGUACCUGAUGAGAGACUCACGACACAACUUCUGCUCCCAGACGUCUUUAAAAAAAAAAAAAUCCUAGAAAAACUGCCUUGAAUUUCCAAUGACAUGGGAUGGUGUUUUUCUAUUAAAUAGAGUCAGAUGGCAUUUAAAUGUUCCAUUCCUCCGACAUCUUACACAUGAUUAAUGAUUUAGAUUUUUUUGUCAUUCUUUUCUGCUGUGUAUCACUGCUUCCCCCAACAAAUUUACCUAAAAUAAAUCGGUUAUCAAUUGUAUUAGGGAAAACACAGAGGAUGGUGGUGUGAACAUUUUUUAAAUCAUUAUUAGAUCAAUGGACAAAAGAAAAACCUAAAAUUUGGAAUUUACUUAAUAUUGAAAUGCCGAUGUAGAUGUAAACGACUUGAUCAAAGUUAAUGAAAACAACGAUUCUUAAAGCUGAUUAUACACUAAUUAAAGACAAUUAUGAAUAUUAGAUGAGGUUGGGGACUAGAAUAAAACUAUUACAGAUUUCUCGAGCAUUUUGCAAACCACAUAACCUCAGAAACCAGUGGGGAGUUUGGUUUUAUGUAUUUCUGGAUUAAACUUUAUCAAUUUUGGGAACCCCUGCUCUCCACCAGCUGCCCCUGGGAGAACCCCUGCAGUACCACGCACGGCCGCGGGGGCGACAGGGAGCCCCACCACUAACACACACAUACUCACACAUAGCUCCGCUAAAGAUGUGAAAAUGGCGGAGCUACAAAUGCUUCUGGAAGAGGAGAUUCCAGCGGGACGAAGCGCACUACUGGACAGCUUCACCAAUUUGGAAAGAGUCGCGGAGUACUGCGAGAGCAACUAUGUCCAGUCUCCAGACAAACAGAGGGCGCUGGAGGAGACCAAGAACUACACCACCCAGUCUCUGGCCAGCGUAGCCUACCUGAUCAACACGCUGGCCAACAAUGUCCUGCAGAUGCUGGACAUCCAGGCGUCGCAGCUCCGCCGCAUGGAGUCGUCCAUCAACCACAUCUCACAGACGGUGGACAUCCACAAAGAGAAGGUGGCCCGGCGAGAGAUCGGUAUCCUCACCACCAACAAGAACACAUCCCGCACGCACAAGAUCAUUGCCCCAGCCAAUCCCGAGAGGCCCGUGCGCUACAUCCGCAAGCCCAUCGACUACAGCAUGUUAGACGACAUGGGCCACGGAGUCAAGUGGUUGCAAAGGUUUAAGGCCAGCGCUCAGAGCAUGAAAGCCGGUGGAGGCGGACUCCCUCGCACCAACCCCCCCACACAGAAGCCCCCCAGCCCGCCCAUGUCAGGCAAAGGGACCCUUGGGCGCCACUCCCCCUAUAGGACACUUGAGCCGGUGCGUCCACCCGUUGUCCCUAACGACUACGUCUCAAGCCCGACGCGCAACAUGGCGCACCCCCAGCAGAGCCCCGCACGCACUGCAUCCGUUAAUCAGAGGAACCGCACGUACAGCAGUGGGAGCAGCGGAGGGAGCCACCCAAGCAGCAGUCGCAGCAGCAGCCGAGAGAACAGCGGCAGCGGCAGCGUGGGCCUACCCAUUGCCGUGCCGACCCCGGCCCCGCCCACUGCCUUCCCAGGUUCAGCCCCAGCCCCAUCCAACUCAGCAAAACCUCCCCCCAACACCUCCAACUCCGCCACCACCCCUGGGCCACCCACCUGUGUCCUAGACAGCCCCCCACAGGCCCCCAACCCCUCUGUAGAGAUCCCACCCAUACCCCCACCCCCUCCCCAGCUCCCCGCCUCUGCGGCCCCCACUGGCACAGCCCCCUCUGCUUACGGCAAUCCCGCACAAGGUGCUCCUCAGUUCUACAGCAUGAACCGCCCGGCGCAGCCGCCACAGAACCCGCCGGCGGGAGGCUCCCUGCCGUACCGCCGCCCCUCGUCUGUCACCGGUCAGCCUAGCCAGGCACAGAACCAGCUCAACGGUGGACCACACUUCGCCCAGAGCCAAGCGUUAGCAGGCCCGCUAGCGCCCCCUCCCCCGUCCAUGCAGAUCACCCCUCAGCUUCCUCUGAUGGGCUUUGUGGCCCGAGUUCAGGAGACUAUCUCAGAUGUGCCGCCCCCGCCUCCACCUGCUGACGAGCCGGUGUUUGAGGAGCCCACGCCUCCGCCGCCGCCACCAGAUGACUACGAGGACGACGAGGACGAAGAGGAGUCGGCGGUGGUGGAGUACAGUGACCCGUACGCCGAGGAGGACCCACCUUGGGCCCCACGCACCUACCUGGAGAAAGUGGUGGCCAUCUAUGACUACUCGCGCGACAAAGAGGACGAGCUUUCGUUCCAGGAGGGCGCCAUCAUCUACGUGAUCAAGAAGAACGACGACGGCUGGUACGAGGGCGUGAUGAACAGCACCACGGGCCUCUUCCCCGGCAACUACGUCGAGUCCAUCAUGCACUACGCCGACUGAACUGUCCCCCAGGUCUGAGAGGAGCGGUAGGAGCAGGGAAGGGAGAGGAAGCCAAGGGUUUAAGGUCAAAGACCUUGAUCAGGUGGAGUAUGAUCACCUCCGGGCGAAGAGAGAAGAGGGAGGCGGGGGGGAGAUGGAGCGGUUCUCAAAGAAGUUGGGACACGACAAACUGAAGCCGAGUCAUUCUCUCUCCGACAUAGUCGCCAUUGUAAAACAACCACUACUCUAGAUAUAUCCUCCCCUUUAAUAUUUCUUUCUUUGAUUCUUUGUUUGACUGAGGACUGGAACGGUGACGGAUUUAUUGUACCUUGAGAGUUUUGUGUUACAUUAUGAGGCCACUUCAUUGAUUUUGCUUCAUGUUUUGUUUUUUGUUUUACUAAAUUGCCCUUAUUUUAAACCAUAUUUAUUUGGAUUUUGUAGUGGGAUAAAUGGUAGGCAGGUAGUCGGGGCUACUGUAAGGAAUUUAUUUCCGGCAGGUUUCCACGCUGUGGCCUCAGAGGAAGGGCUGGAGAAGAACGUCUUUCCUUAACACUCUAGAGAUGUUUAAGAGAAAAACACGCCUCUCUAUAUAUAUAUAUAUAUAUUAACUUUGAUGCAACAACAAUAUCCUUGAAGGGAAAAAGUAGUAGUUAGGUACCUCAGCAGAGAGUGUGCCAAAGCUGACAUUCACUAAGAUAAGCACAUCAAACGUCUGAAGCUGACACAAAGCAAGAGAUACGUGGUUCUGACAAGACUUCUGAAAGCCCCAAGAGUGCUUUAAAUCUACAUUCAUUCAUUUUUUUCUUUUCUUUUCAAAGUUCGUUUAAUGACCUGAUAUGAUUUGGGGGCGUGCAAGUCCGUGGUUUAACUUGAGGGGACGAGUUUAGUCACUACAUUAUUCACUUUGCUGGCCAGUGUGCAUUGAUUUUUUUUGGGGGGGGAGCCCACAAAUAAAGAGGAAAGCCAGAAAAUCCUCAGUCGGCACAAUGACUUUGAUUUUGAAGUCUUACUCCGCAGCUCAACUGGCGCACUAAUCGUUUGCAGUGGUCGUGCGCACUCGAGACGGAAGGGUUUAGUUUGUUAUUUUUUAAUUAUUAUUAUUUUGUUUUUGAGUUUUACCAAGGGGUCAAGAAUCAUGUGAUGCUUGCAGAGACUGCAUGUUUCAACGAGGAAGAAGAAAACAACCUUUCCUUUUCUGCUCUACCUGAUGAUUAAUGUCAUAAUACUUUUAGAUAUGGUGUGGUUUGGUUUUUUGAUAUUCAACCACGACGAUGACGACGACGAUGCAUUUAGGUCAUUUCUGAGAUGCUUGUGCCAUAUUGGAGUGUGUGUUGCUAUUUCAGAGGUUCAUCACUUCAUUUGCAAUAAAUUGUCCAGAGUGGGGUGGAUUGACGUUGAACAACAAAUCUUUCUUUUCUUACUUUUUUUCUGUUUUCCCCAAGUUAUUUUAAAAUCAAAAGCACAUGCAUUUGUAGUAAAAUUUAAAAGAAUGGUGUAGAAGAAGAAAUAAUAUAAAUGUGAGAUGUAUUAUGUCCUCAGAACGGGACUUACUGAAUAUGAAAAGAAGCCAGCUGUUGUGUUGAAAUGGUUUUAACCGUUGCAAGCCCCCCGAUAAUUCUCUAAACGGCGUCAGUUCAGGCAUCCGGACUGUUUCCGAUAUGCUUGGAUGCUGGGUGUUUUGCGAGGGGGCUCAGUGCUUGUACUUAUGUCAGAAUCUUUAUUUUCUAUUAAAAAAAAAAAAAAAAGAAAAGAAAUAAUAACAAGUGGGUCUGUAUGUGAGUCUUGCAUGCCAUUGUUCUUAUCUGUACUGGUGUCCCGAAAAAAAAACCUGUGGCGAGAUCAUCACCCAUUCUUAAAAAAAGACAAGCAAGCCCCCGCAGCUCUGACCCGGUACCACCAGCCUCAUCCAAAGAGACUGUACAACUUUACUCCAAGCCCCGCCUCCGAGGAGUCAUCUUUGCCCCCCCCCCCCCCCCCCCCGUGAAAAAUCCUGUGCGUAAGCUGCUCGUGAAUCCUGUGGACAGGGAGAUGGAUGAAUGAUGAAAAACCUAACACUUGAGAUCAAUCUCAAAAAGCAUGACUCUUUGUUUUCUAACACUCAAAAAAAGAAAUUCCAAACAAUUUGUUUGCUGUCUGCAGGAUUCACAGCCCCUGGAGUCACAGGCGUCCCACGGGACAUCAAGGUUCAACAGUCCAUCAUGCCAUUGUGUUGCACAGUUAAAAGUUGAAUUGCAGAAGUAUCAUAUUUGUAAAAAUCAUGAGAACAAAGACAAUAAAAUUAUGAAGAUUUA